CACCAUCGCUUGACUUCCUCAACAAUUCAACUUUCACCAUUUCAGUACGCUGCGGGGAGCAACCCAGCCAGUACAACCAUAACUAUCCACUCAUUUAACACUCCAACCCAUACCCAUAAAAGACUGCGACCAUUUUUCCAAGUAACAGCAACCAUCAACCGCAAAUACAACCAUGUCUCUAUCAAAGUCCCCCAUACCAAUAACCACCUCCUCCCCUUCUCCUUCCUCCCCCUCCCCCACCUCCACCCUCACAAAACGCCCCUCCUCCGCCUCAGACGCCCUCACCAUGCCCCCACCCCCGCUCCCCAAACGCAUAAAACGCCCCGCCACCGUCCUCGACGAGGACGAAUACACAGACGCCCUCUCCCACAUCAUCGCCCGCGACUUCUUUCCGGGCCUGCUGGAGACGCAGACGCAGCGCGAGUAUCUGGAUGCCCUUGAGUCGCGCGACAGGGAGUGGAUCCGCCGCGCGGGGAGGAAUUUUGAAUGAUGUUAUGACUCCUAGCUGGUUUGGUGGGAAGGC